UGCAGGGUCCGCUCUGUGGGAUCCUGCUGUGUACCCAGUGAGCUCUGCAGCCUUUCCUUAUCCAGGAAAGUCAGCUUGAGGAUGAAGCUGGCGCUAUAGAAACUGCCUGAUCAUAAAGAUGGCAGAGCUUACAGUUCAGGAGCGAGCCAUGGGAGCGGUGAUUGGAUCACUUGUGGCUGACGCAGCUGGCCAGCCAUUGCACUGGAUCUAUGAUGUCAAGCGUUUGGAUCAGGUUCUGAAGGGCCGUGAGGCCACUCCUGAAUUUGUGGAUCCUGGUCAGGGUCCAUUUUACCGCCAGCCAACUGGAGCUCAGAGCGGUUAUGGGGAUCAGACUCUUGCCUUGCUCAAGGCCCUGGUGGCAGGGAAAGGUUUCAAUGUGCACCUGUACCGACAAGAAUUGUACAAAACCUUUGGACCAAACUCUGAGUACGACCUGAAGGGAAAACCAAAAGGGCAGGACCAGGUUCAAACAGGAGGAUACAGACAUGCUUCAAUUAAAGCUUUCCUGACUGCGUAUGAAGCGGGAAAGGAAAAAACAGGAAUCUCCACAGAUGCACAGAUGGAUGGUGUGGCAAAGAUUGCACCAGUAGUUGCUCUAUAUGCUGGAGACCCCAAACUCGCUCAGUAUGUGGAGGAGGCAGUCCGAGUCACACAGGAUGACAAUCUGGCCGUGCAAUGCAGCAUCGCAGCCGCUGCCAUUCUGGAGGAAUUCAUUCUUCACCCCCCGAGGGAAGCAUUUCUGGAACAGAUGAGGGAUCGACUGGAGCUGAGUGUCAUUACCAGCAGGUUACCCGAGAUCCUGCAACGGCGCAGCGUGGCACACCGGGAGAUGGUGCAGCAAAUUGGCAGCUCGUGCGCAAUCCCAGGGAAUUUGCUAAAUUCCCUGCACUGUCUGCUUGCGAGCCCAAGCCUGACUGAUUACCCAGACACGAUAAGACAAACUUUGACAGCAGGAGGAUGUAACUGCAGCCGACUCAGUUUUGUAGGAGCCUGUGUUGGUGCAGCAGUCGGUCCCCGGGGGCUCCCUGGCGACUGGAUCAAGAAGACUCGACAUUGUGAUCUUAUUGAAAAACUUUCCCAGGAUCUAGUUGCUCUCCGAGUGUCUGGCUGAGGGCAGCCCGGUUGGUUCCAGGCAGCAAUUGACAAACCCUGCAA